UAUCUUGAUAUGAAAACAACGAUCACUUCUCAGUAAAUUUCAUCUCUUUGUGAAUCAUACUACUUCAUUAUGUCUGAUAACGAUCUACCGGUUUCUAUUCAACCAGUGGUUCAGGACGAAGAAGAGAGCUUGAAGUACCUGGACGUAGUGCAAAAAACAGCAGAAAAUGCAGUUCCUUAUGUAUCAAAGGCCUAUGAUUACGCUAAGGACAACAGUGGGACCCUCAAACCUGGCGUGGAGACAACAGAGGGUACUCUCAAGACUGUUGUUGGCCCUGCUAUUGAUACGUUUCAGGAUGUCCCUGUUAACGUCCUAAAGUUUUUCGAUCGUGUGGUGGAAACGGCAUCUGGACUCACAAAAACCGCAUACACCAAGAUAGAGCCGACUGCGAAAGAACUGUUAGUGAAAUACGAGCCAGUUGCAGAGGAACAUGCUGCUUCAGCUUGGCAAUCUGUUAACAAGGUGCCACUCUUCCAUAGUGUGGCUAACGCGGUUAUACCAACAGCAGGUUACGUUUCUGAGAAGUAUAACGAGACUGUGCAGCAAACAACCGAGGAAGGAUACAAGGCUUCUUCAUAUCUGCCAUUGGUGCCCACUGAAAAGAUCGCCAAGGUAUUCAAGGCUCCUGAUCCAGAAGAAGAAGACGAACAAGAACGGGUGGUUCCCAGUGGAGCCGAAGGAACUGUGCACGUUGAUUAAUAUCAAUACCGAAUGAUGAUUAUGAUGAUUGCAGAGAUGGAAUACAGUAAAUGCUUGUUUUGGUUUAUUUGUCAAUGUGUUUUCGUACUCUGUCAAAUACCUAGCUAAAACGAUCGCCUCAAUGUUGUUAUUAACACCUUAGAGACUA